AUGUGCUUUCCCGGAUGUGCUUUCCCGGAUGUGCUUUCCCGGCGUCCAUCUUGGGAGUCUGAAGGACCUGAGGCAUUUUGUGAUGAGGAUCGUCUCAGGUCAGCCGAGGGAAGAGACUUAGACCUAUCCGGUCUUCAAGGGGACAAGGAGAUGCCUGCUGCUGGGAUGCCGAGUCUUCUGCAGAGUUCUGCUGAGAGUCCUCAGAGUCCUGAGGGGGAGGACUCCCAGUCUCCUCUCCAGAGUCCUCAGAGUUGUCCUGAGGGGGAGGACUCCCCGGAUCCUCUCCAGAGACGACCUGAGGGGAAGGACUCCCAGUCUCCUCUCCAGAUUCCUCAGAGUUCUCCUGAGGGCGACGACACCCAGUCUCCUCUCCAGAAUCCUCAAAGUCCUCCUGAGGGGGAGGACUCCCUGUCUCCUCUAGAGAUUUCUCAGAGCCCUCCUGAGGGUGAGGAUGUCCAGUCUCCCCUCCAGAAUCCUGCGAGCACCGCCUCCUCCUCCACUUUAUUGAGUAUUUUCCAGAGUUCCCCUGAGAGUACUCAAAGUCCUUUUGAGGGUUUUCCCCAGUCUCCUCUCCAGAUUCCUAUUCCUGCGAGCACCGCCUCCUCCUCCACUUUACUGAGUGUUUUCCAGAGUUCCCCUGACAGUACUCAAAGUACUUUUGAGGGUUUUCCCCAAUCUCCUCUCCAGAUUCCUGUAAGCACCUUCUUCUCCUCCAUUUUAUUGACUAUUUUCCAGAGUUCCCCUGACAGUACUCAAAGUACUUUUGAGGGUUUUCCCCAGUCUCCUCUCCAGAUUCCUGUGAGCCCCUCCCCCUCCUCCACUUUAUUGAGUAUUUUCCAGAGUUCCCCUGAGAGAACUCAGAGUACCUUUGAGGGUUUUCCCCAGUCUCCUCUCCAGAUUCCUGUGAGCCCCUCCUCCUCCUCCACUUUAUUGAGUAUUUUCCAGAGUUCCCCUGAGAGAACUCAGAGUACUUUUGAGGGUUUUCCCCAGUCUCCUCUCCAGAUUCCUGUGAGCUCCUCCUCCUCCUCCACUUUAUUGAGUAUUUUCCAGAGUUCCCCUGAGAGAACUCAGAGUACUUUUGAGGGUUUUCCCCAGUCUCCUCUCCAGUUGCCUGUGAGCGCCGCCUCCUCCUCCACUUUACUGAGUAUUUUCCAGAGUUCCCCUGAGAGUACUCAAAGUCCUUUUGAGGGUUUUCCCCAGUCUCCUCUCCAGAUUCCUGUGAGCGCCUCCUUCUCUUUCACUUUAUUGAGUAUUUUCCAGAGUUCCCCUGAGACAACUCAGAGUACUUUUGAGGGUUUUCCCCAGUCUCCUCUCCAGAUUCCUAUGCCUGUGACCUCCUUCUCCUCUACUUUUUUGAGUAUUUUCCAGAGUUCUCCUGAGAGUACUCAGAGUACUUUUGAGGGUUUUCCCCAGUCUCCUCUCCAGAUUCCUGUGAGCUCCUCCUCCUCCUCCACUUUAUUGAGUAUUUUCCAGAGUUCCCCUGAGAGAACUCAGAGUACUUUUGAGGGUUUUCCCCAGUCUCCUCUCCAGAUUCCUGUGAGCUCCUCCUUCUCCUCCACUUUAUUGAGUCUUUUCCAGAGUUCCCCUGAGAGUACUCAAAGUACUUUUGAGGGUUUUCCCCAGUCUCCUCUCCAGAUUCCUCAGAGCCCUCCUGAGGGGGAGAACACCCAUUCUCCACUCCAGAUUGCUGAGAGUCUUCCUGAGUGGGAGGACUCCCUGUCUCCUCACUACUUUCCUCAGAGUCCUCCUGAGUGGGAGGACUCCUUGUCUCCUCACUACUUUCCUAAGAGUUCUCCUGAUUCCGAUGGGGAGGACUCCAUGUCUCCUCACUACUUUCCUCAGAGUCCUCAGGGGGAGGACUCCCUGUCUCCUCACUACUUUCCUCAGAGUUCUCCUGAGGGGGAGGACUCCAUGUCUCCUCACUACUUUCCUCAGAGUCCUCCUCAGGGGGAGGACUCCCUGUCUCCUUACUACUUUCCUCAGAGCCCUCCCGAUGGGGAGGACUCCCUGUCUCCUCACUACUUUCCUCAGAGUUCUCCUGAGUGGGAGGACUCCCUCCCUCCUGACGGGGAAGACUCCCUGUCUCCUCACUACUUUCCUCAGAGUCCUCCUCAGGGGGAGGACUCCAUGUCUCCUCACUACUUUCCUCAGAGCCCUCCCGACGGGGAGGACUCCCUGUCUCCUCACUACUUUCCUCAGAGUCCUCUUGAGGGGGAGGACUCCAUGUCUCCUCACUACUUUCCUCACAGUCCUCCUCAGGGUGAGGACUGCCUGUCUCCUCACUACUUUCCUCAGAGCCCUCCUGAGUGGGAGGACUCCCUGUCUCCUCACUACUUUCCUCAGAGUCCUCAGGGGGAGGUCUCCCUGUCUCCUCACUACUUUCCUCAGAAUCCUCCUGAGGGGGAGGACUCCAUGUCUCCUCUCCACUUUCCUCAGAGUCCUCAGGGUGAGGACUCCCUGUCUCCUCACUACUUUCCUCAGAGCCCUCCUGAGUGGGAGGACUCCCUGUCUCCUCACUACUUUCCUCAGCGUCCUCCUGAGAGGCCUGCCCAGUCUCCUCUCCAUAGUCCUCAGAGCCCUCCUGAGGGGACGCACUCCCAGUCUCCUCUCCAGAUUCAUCCGUGUCCUCCUGACGGGGCAGAUCCCCAGUCUCCUCUCCAGAUUCCUCAGAAUCCUCCUGAGUGGGAGGACUCCACGUCUCCUCUCCACUUUCCUCAGAGUCCUCCUCAGGGGGAGGACUUCCAGUCUUCUCUCCAGAGUCCUGUGAGUAUCUGCUCCUCCUCCACUUCACUGAGUCUUCCCCAGAGUUUCCCUGAGAGUCCUCAGAGUUCUCCUGAGGGGCCUGCUCAGUCUCCUCUCCAGAGACCUGUCAGCUCCUUCUUCUCCUACACUUUAGCGAGUCUUCUCCAAAGUUCCCAUGAGAGUCCUCAGAGUCCUCCUGAGGGGUCUGCCCAGUCUCCUCUCCAGAGUCCUGUGAGCUCCUUCCUCUCCUCCACUUCAUCGAGUCUUUCCCAGAGUUCUCCUGUGAGCGCCUUCCCCUCCUCCACUUCAUCGAGUCUUUCCCAGAGUUCUCCUGUGAGCUCCUUCCCCUCCUCCACUUCAUCGAGUCUUUCCCAGAGUUCCCCUGAGAGUUCUCAGAGUUCUCUCCAGAGUCCUGUGAGCUCCUCCUCCUCCUCCUCCACUUCAUUGAGCCCAUUCAGUGAAGAGUCCAGCAGCCCAGUAGAUGAAGAUACAAGUACCUCAGACACUUUGCUAGAGAGUGAUUCCUUGACAGACAGCGAGUCCUUGAUAGAGGGCGAGCCCUUGUUCACUUAUACACUGGAUGAAAAGGUGGACGAGUUGGCACGGUUUCUUCUCCUCAAAUAUCAAGCGAAGCAGCCUAUCACAAAGGCAGAGAUGCUGACAAAUGUCAUCAGCAGGUACACGGGCUACUUUCCUGUGAUCUUCAGGAAAGCCCGUGAGUUCAUAGAGAUUCUUUUUGGCAUUUCCCUGAGAGAAGUGGACCCUGACGACUCCUAUGUCUUUGUAAACACAUUAGACCUCACCUCUGAGGGGAGUCGGAGUGAUGAGCAGGGCAUGCCCCACAACCGCCUCCUGAUUCUUAUUCUGAGUAUCAUCUUCAUAAAGGGCACCUGUACCUCUGAGGAGGUCAUCUGGGAUGUGCUGAGUGGAAUGGGGGUGCGUGCUGGGAGGGAGCACUUUGUCUUUGGGGAGCCCAGGGAGCUCCUCACUAAAGUUUGGGUGCAGGAAGAUUACCUAGAGUACCGGGAGGUGCCCAACACUUCUCCUCCACGUCACGAAUUCCUGUGGGGUCCAAGAGCUCAUUCAGAAAUCAUUAAGAGGAAAGUAGUAGAGUUUUUGGCCAUGCUAAACAGUAUCGUCCCUAUUACCUUUCCAUCCUCAUACAAGGAUGCUUUGAAAGAUGUGGAAGAGAGAGCCCAGGCCAUAAUUGACACCACAGAUGAUUCGACUGCCACAGAAAGUGCAAGCCCCAGUGUCGUGUCUCCCAGCUUCUCUUCUGAGUGA